CUCCAGUGGUUACUACACGCGGUACUAGACUUAGAUCGAUCUACAAUUGCUGAAAUAAGAGGAUACAAUAGUCCACCUAUAAUAGUCCAUGCGGUUAUGAUGUCAACAUUGCUUCUCCUUGGUCAUUGGGCAAACGAAACCAAGGAAUGGAAAAAUGUACAGAUGGUAUUGGGGAAAACUGGACAUGAGUCAUUGAAGAGGUUGAUAAUAGAAUUUAAGAUUGAGACAUGCCCCUUGGAAGUUGCCAUUGGAGCUGGAGACUUUCUUCCUGAAUACAGUAUAGACCAGAUUCGUGAAGUCAGUGCAGGAUGUGCUACAUUCUUUGUAUGGGUGAAAGCAGUUGUUGAAGAAGUACAGAAAAGAGCUGGUGAAGAAAUUAAUAAUAUACGACCUUUGACCACGGGACCACGUAAAAGGUGCAAAAAGAAAAGAAAAAUGACAUUCCUUGAAGACCUGGACAUUACUUCUGCACGAUAGCGUAUAUUUGUGAACUUGUUCUAGAAAAUAUUAUUUGAUCUUUGAAAAGGCAAAACAUUAAAGAACUGUUUUGUUGGUAACAAAUUAUGACAAACUUUAAGAAGGUUCUCUAUUACUAUUUACUUUCAGUGAAGAUUAUGUAUAGUAUUUAAACUGUUUUGGCAAUUUCCAUAGAAAAUUUGCAAUCUUUCAUUUUCAACUUGUUCACCUUUCUU